AUGGUGCCUGGUACACAAGGUGGAGCAGCACUGGUCGAUAAUAUAAAACAAAAAGUCAAUGCCCAAAAAGUUACCACUCUCAAACAAAUAUGCCGUAUCUUGAGUCUAUCAGGCCAAGGCCGAAAAGCUGACCUUCAGCAAAGGAUUCUUGCCGUGAUAGAUGCCGGGCAGCGUGAAAACGACAACGCCAAAAUUAGAGCGAUCCAAGACAUUUUAACCGCUAUUGAGACCGGUAAUAUACCUCAGAGCUAUUAUUUAUUAUACAAUCACUACAAAAAUAACCCAACUGGUCCGCCACCUGGUGGCGCGGCUCAGAUAAAUCAAUUACAAACAGUAACCUGCAGCAACAAUAAUACAUCUUCUACAAUAGUUUCGGGAGCCGGAGCAUCACAACUUCAAAGUAUCACUCGCCCCCAGAGUAAAGAGGGCCCGUGGGUCUAUUUUUUUGAUUCACCAUUCUUCAGGAUCAAACGUCUAGUAAAUGGCUCACCCAGGUUGGCCCAUAGUGCACCUGAUUCCAGGGGCACAUGCAACAUUGAGUUCACAUUGUCUCAGCAAGAACAGGCCUUACUUUCCAAAGGAAAGCAAUUCCAGCUUUUUUUAUUCAGCGGUGUGUAUAAUAAGUCUUUGGGAGCCCGAAAAGUACAUAUACAGUUUCCUUACCCAUUAGAAAUACAUUUCAACAAGUCGGUGAUCAAAGAUAAUGUCAAGGGAAUUAAAAAUCGAAUUGGUACUGCCAGACCUGCCAAUCUAACCCCAUUGGUACGCCAACCACCACACAAAAACUCCCUUGAAGUGGUUUACGCUUUUUCAAAAGAGGAUUUUCUCAUGUAUUGUUACAUUGUGGAAAUGAUGCCUGUGGAAACAAUCGUCGAAAGAAUAUCUAGAGAUCACCCCCACAUCACCACGGCAGCCACCAUGGAAUAUAUUCGCAAAGAAUAUAGGGAUUCAGAAGAAAAUGAUGAUUUAAUUGAGAUGUCGUCAACUUUGAGUCUCAAGUGUCCAUUGAGUUACACCAAAAUGAAGUAUCCCGCUAGAUCUGUCAAAUGUAACCACAUUCAAUGUUUUGAUUGCCUCAGCUUCUUACAAUUACAAGAACAAGCUCCAACAUGGUCUUGUCCAAUUUGUAAUAGCCACAUUACUGUCGAAGAUUUGACCAUCAGUGAUUAUAUCGUGGAUAUUGCCAAAAAUACCAAUGAGGACGUCGAAACCGUAGAUUUAUUGCAUGAUGGUAGCUGGAAAGCCGUGGUAGAAGAUGAAGAUAAUACAUCCGCCAGUGAUAGUGAGGGAAGUUUAUCUAAUCUGGAAGGAUCACUGGUGAAAAAGUCUGACAGUAUGGUGAAUAAUUUGGCGGUGUCAGCCUCAACCCCUGCUCCAAAGACACAGGAAAUUGAAAUCAUCUCUUUAGAUAGUGAAAGUGAAGAAGAUGAUGAUAAUGAUGAAGUGCUAGGAGGUCAACCAACCGAUGUGGAAGAAAUUGACGAUUUGGAAAUCACUGCCACAUCCCAGUCAGUGCUGGAACAGCACUAUCGGCGGCCCGGAGGUGGUGGACUUGACGGACCUAUAAAUGUUGGGAAUGAUAACGAGGCACUUCAAAGUCCUCCUGCUCCUAUCAAUAAUAACACAGUAAAAAAUUCAGCUCAGGCUGUUUCUUCAACAGCCUCUGCUCCAAAUAGUAUGACAAAUACUAAUGCAAGUACAAUCCACAAGGACCCAAGACAACAGCAACAGCAACAACAACAACAACAACAACAACAACAACAACAACAACAACAACAACAACAACAACAACAACAACAACAACAACAACAACAACAACAACAACAACAGCAGCAUCAACAACAACAACAACAACAACAACAGCAGCAACAACAACAACAACAACAACAACAACAACAACAACAACAACAACAACAACAACAACAACAACAACAACAACAACAACAACAACAACAACAACAACAACAACAACAACAACAACAACAACAACAACAACAACAACAACAACAACAACAACAACAACAACAACAACAACAGCAGCAUCAACAACAGCAUCAACAGCAUCAACAGCAUCAACAGCAUCAACAGCAUCAACAGCAUCAACAGCAUCAACAGCAUCAAAUUAAAGGAUUUAUUGGAAGGAGCCCGAAUAUCAUGCCAGGAAGUAUACGUACAAAUCACCAGACCAAUGGGGAAAAUCAUUCCUCGUUACAGGCCGCUAAUGAUAAUAAUACUGCUGGCAAGUCUAAUAUUGGGGAUGUUAAUAGGCAAUCACCGGGCCCACCCAGAGAUUUGUCGUUUAGGGGCUUCACAUUACCUAGAUGGUCGGACAACAUGGUCACUAAUCCUAAUAAAUCAACCGCCCGCAACAACAGUACUGGUAACUUGAAAGAAAUUCCUGGACCUCACAAUCGAUUGAACUUUGCUGGCAAUCAUUACACAGUCGGUCCGCACUAUGUGCCGAUUCAACCAGCUCUUUCUCCAAGCCCAGAACAUCAAUUUCCUCAUCAGAAUGGAUAUAUGGGUGUGAAUCCUGCAACCUUGAGCCCCAAUUCUGGCGCAAUGGCCGCUGGCAGUAUGCCACCUUAUUAUCCAAAUGUCAUGCCAUCUAUGACCCCUCCUCCAUCGAGUAUCCCACUACCCGGUGCAGGUGCAAUCCAUCAGGAUCCAAGACAGCAGCAGCAGGCCAAUGGGAGCACACAUGGUGCUCAUAUGCCAAUUGUUGGAGAUCCACGUUUUGUGGCAGGUCCUGAUUUAUUCAACCCUUCGUAUCCGCAAUAUGACCCAUAUCACCCUCCACCAGCGCCUUAUUUGCAACAUUUACAAAAUCCACCACACGGGUUUUCUCCUCAUCCACCAACACCUCCACAUAUUGGCCCCCAAAUGGAACUGUAUCAAGGAGGUUUGCCAACCACUCAUAGUCAAGUGAGUAAUCUAGGAGGGACUGCUGGUGGAGAACCACCACUGACGAAGCAGGUGCUUUCUCCUCAAGAAGUGCAAAGGAAAACCGACGAGCAAAAUAAAAAGAUUAGUCCCAUACAGAAAAGAUUUUUGGAGGCCCAAGAGAAAUUGAAAAGGCAUAGGGAGCAGUUGAGAAUUUUAGAAUCUCAAAAGAAUCAGCAAAAGCAACCGGUUCCUUCGCCUGUUCCAACAUCAGCAAGACAAACUACUUGGCCAUCGGAGCCAGUUGGUGAUGUAGUUGCAUCAACAGAACCCACCAAAGCAGUUGAUUCUGCUCCUGCCAAACCAGCUGGAACUGGAUCUUCCAAUAUCGCUGAACCUGGUUCUAGUAAUACAGUUGGAUCCGGACCAAUCAAUACAAUUAGAUCUGGACCGACUAAUACUAAUACAGUUGGAUCCGGAUCAAUCAAUACAGUCAGAUCUCAACCUAGCGAGCCAGCGGAAAAUAUCAGUUCUCCGGAAGUCGCUCCUCAGAAUGGGGUUGUUGUGAGUGAAAAGUCAACAGUUGUUGCUUCUCCUACCUCUUAUUCUCGGACUCGAAGACAUUCUGUAGUUUCCAAUAACGGAACUAAAGAAGCAAGCGACAAAGCCGAAGUAGAAAAUGCAGUAGCCAAAGAUGAUAAAGGCGGCUCUGAAAAAGAUAAUAAAGAUGAACUGGAAACACAAGGUCCGAAAUCUAAGGCACGGAAAAGGUCUUUUAAUUUCUACAGUUAUGAUGAUGACAAUGAUGACAAUGAUAAUGAGGAUGAUGGUGAUGUUCGUGUGAUAAAGAAGGCGACUUUAAGUAAACCAGUGGCAGAAUCAAAUGAUAUAAAUGAUAUUAUUCUUGUCGAUGGGCGGGUGAACGUGUUCACAACGUUUGUUCCAAACGCAUUACAGAAUAGAAUUAUCACCAAUUUCAAGGAUACCAUGGCCAAUUUGCUAUUUUUGUCAAGACUACCACAAGGUACAAGAGAUUAUGUUGCCAGGUUUGUCAGUCAUAAUGGGGUGACAUUUGACCCAAUUGAGAAUGUAAAGUCUGGUCGAGUUGAACAUCCUCAUAAAACAUCCGGAACUUCGAUAUUUCAUUUACCAGCUCUUUCAACUCCUCUUAGUGUUUCAUCAACUUCGAACUCUUUUCAGCCAUCUAUUGGGAGCUUACCAAGAAUCCCAUCUUGGAGCUCGCGAGCGAAUAUUUUGAGAAAUGGUCUGGUUGAAGGUAGCAGUGGAAACCCAGAACCACCAGCAAGUAAUUCUCAGACCUUUGCAUCGCCUACUAAACUGAUGCUGCCUGGAGGUACCCCUACUAAACCAUCUGGUAAUGUGCAAUUUCCAAAGCGACCAACAAUGCCCGUGGAAUCUCUGAAAGGUUCUGGUGAAAUGAUCGAGGAUAUUUUAACCAAGCGGGGGUUCGUUAGUGAGAAGGUAUUGAAAUUGUUGCUGGCCAUUGUAACUCGCUUGGAGGGUUCUUCCCAGAGAUACAACGUGAAUCAAUACGUGGAAUCGGUGGUGGAAAUACGCAGAAUCAUUAAUUCUUUCAAAAUACCAUGCCUGAAGGUUUUGGCUUAUCGUAAAUCACAAGCCGAAGAAAAGUCUAAUAAGAGUGAUACGACCACCAAUAAUGAUUCUGUAGUUGGAGCAAAUCCCGUUACGAAACCACUGAGCAGAAGAGCCACCCAAGGUAUUAUUGAUUUGACUGGUGAGGAUAGUGAUUGA